AUGGUCGUGUGCAAAUGCCGAAAGGCGACGAGGGUUUACUGCUUCGUCCACCAGGUCCCCGUCUGUGGCGUGUGCAUAUGCUUUCCGGAGCAUCAGCUAUGCGUGGUGAAAAACUAUGCUGAAUGGGUUGUUAAUUCUGAGUAUGACUGGCCACAACACUGUUCAUCUUGCAAUUCAGUUCUCGAAGGUGGAACUGAAGAAACAACACGACUGGGUUGCUUGCACGUGGUGCACACGAAAUGCUUGAUAUCGCAUAUCCAAAAUUUUCCUUCCCAAACAGCACCAGCUGGAUAUGUCUGCCCUUCCUGUUCUGCACCUAUAUGGCCACCUUCAAGCAUUAAAGAUACAGGUUCGCGCCUUCACACUAAACUGAAAGAAGCCAUAGUCCAGACUGGAUUGGAGACAAUUGUAUUUGGAAAUCAUUAUGUGACAAUAGCUAAAGCUGAUACACGGACACCUGCUUUUGCAUCAGAUCCUCUCAAAAAUUUAUCCAGUACUGAUGAUAGAGAAUCUAAUAGUGCAAAUUCAGCUAAAGAUGCAGCUUUGCCAUCAACAUUACAUUCUGGAAUAUACUCUUCUGCUGUAGGAUCUGGGACAACUAUUCAUGUUGAACCAGAAAUUGUUGAAAUAGAGGGUCCUAGUCCUGUAUUGACCCAAAUUUCAGAACAGGAGUCCAAUUUCAUCAGAAGUCCAAGCCCACAUGGGCCUGGUGCCAUGACAAGAAAAGGUGCUACUACUGUUGAUAGACAAAAUUCUGAGAUUUCUUAUUAUGCUGAUGAUGAAGAUGGAAAUCGCAAAAAGUAUACUAAAAGGGAUGACUUAAACUAA